AUGACUGAGAUUCCCGAUACAAAUACCCUAAAUCAUGAUAAGGAUCAUCUCUCGAGUUCAAAAACCGGAGAAUCCGAGGAAGAUUUGUCUGAAAAACUUACCAAUGUCAAGUUAUCGGUGAAUAACCACUCAGAUCCCACUCCAAACUCAACCACCGAUUCGUCUUCAAUUAGAGAACGCAUACUCAGAAAGUUGUCUAUUUCCCAUACAAGCUCAUACAUUCCUGAGCAUAAAUUUUGGGACACUCAACUUGUAACUAAGCUCACGGAUGUUGUUAAUUCUAACGAUUAUGGCCCUAUUGACUCUAAUGAGGAUAUCUCGAAAGUUAAAAAGAACCCAAUUGCACUCCCCAACGGAUUUGAAUGGGUUUCACUGGAUAUUAAUGAUGAAGAAGAUAGGAAUCAAGUCUAUAAAUUGUUGAGUGAGAACUACGUAGAAGAUGGAGAUGCACUGUUUAGAUUUGAUUACAAACCUGAAUUCUUAAUUUGGGCCUUGACAGUACCAAAUUACAAUAAAGAAUGGCAAAUAGGUGUUCAAGUUUCAUCCUGCAAAACAUUGAUUGGAUAUAUAACAGCAGUGCCAGUCAAUGUUAAUGUGAUUGGUAACACCUUGAAACUGGCCGAGGUCAACUUUUUGUGCAUUCACAAAAAAUUCCGAUCAAAAAGGCUUGCCCCAGUCCUCAUUAAAGAAAUCACCAGAAGAGUUAAUCUUUCCGGAAUCUGGCAAGCAAUAUAUACGGCUGGAAUAGUAAUACCAAAACCAAUUGCCAAGUGUAGAUACUGGCAUCGACCUCUUGACAUUAAAAGACUCAUUUCUGCUCGUUUCUCAGGAGUUGGGAGAAGAAUGACAAUCAGUCGAGCUAUUCGAAUAUAUAAAGUCAACGAUAUCCCUAAUGUUGAAAUGAGACCCAUGGAGCAAAAAGAUGUGUUAAGUGUGCAUAAGUUAUUGAGAAAAUACCUCCAAAAAUAUAAACUGUACCAAGAGUUUGAUGUACAUGAGGUUGAACACCAAUUCAUGCCCCGUGAAGACAUAAUUCAGACGUUCGUGAAGACAAAUGAAGACGAAGUGACUGACAUGGUUAGCUACUACUCUCUCCCCUCAACAGUUAUCAAUAACCGUAAAGUCCACACCAUCCGUGCGGCGUACUCAUUCUACAACAUCGCAACCACAAUGCCUUUCAAAUCCCUCAUGGAACAUGCAAUCUUUUUCGCCAAAUCCCAAGGAUACGAUGUUUACAAUGCGCUGGAUCUCAUGGAAAAUUCACUAGUGUUCAAAGACUUGAAAUUCGGAAUGGGCGAUGGAGACCUUCACUAUUACAUGUUUAAUUACCGAGUGCCAGACCUUAAAUCCACUGACGUUGGAAUGGUUCUGUUAUAG